CCGCCCCCCCGGGCCCGCGGUGACGGCGGCUCGGCCGCGGCCAUGGGGUGCCUGCAGAGCGUGGCCUGCAAGGCGCGGGUGCGCCGCGAGCAGAUCGUGGUGUCGGACGUGUCGGCCACCAUCGAGCCGGCGGCCACGGCCAUCGAGGAGAGCUCGCCGGUGGUGCUGCGGUACCGCACGCCCUACUUCCGCGCCUCCGCCCGCGUCCUCAUGCCGCCCAUCGCCCGGCGCCACACCUGGGUGGUGGGCUGGAUCCAGGCCUGCAACCACAUGGAGUUCUACAACACCUACAGCGACCUCGGCGUGUCGAGCUGGGAGCUGCCUGACCUGCGGGAAGGACGAGUAAAAGCCAUCAGCGACUCGGAUGGGGUGAGCUACCCCUGGUAUGGGAACACCACAGAAACCGUGACCCUGGUGGGGCCCACCAACAAGAUCUCCAGGUUCUCGGUGAGCAUGAAUGACAAUUUCUACCCCAGCGUGACGUGGGCCGUCCCUGUGAGCAACAGCAACGUGCCGCUGCUGACCAGGAUUAAAAGGGACCAGAGCUUCACCACGUGGCUGGUGGCCAUGAACACCACCACCAAGGAGAAGAUCAUCCUGCAGACUAUCAAGUGGAGGAUGCGAGUGGACAUUGAGGUGGACCCCAUGCAGCUGCUGGGGCAGCGGGCGCGGCUGGUGGGCAGGACUCAGCAGGAGCAGCCGCGCAUCCUCAGCAGGAUGGAGCCCAUCCCGCCCAACGCGCUGGUGAAGCCCAACGCCAACGACGCCCAGGUCCUCAUGUGGAGGCCCAAGAGAGGGCAGCCCAUCGUGGUGAUACCUCCCAAGUAGGGCGUGCAGGUGAGCACAGGGUGCCCCCAGCCCCGCUGCAGGCGGACAGGGCGCCCGAGCCACAGCAGAGCUCUCGGCUUCUCCCGCCUUUGUUGUUGUGGUUGGAAACGUGGCUCCUCCUCGGGCAGAAAUAGAGCCUGGCUGGCACGAGGGCGCAGAAGAGGGUUUGCUGAGCUGGAGGAUUUCCCAGGAAGAGGAAUGGAGUGUUUGCAGCUGGCACAGAGGCUGUCUGACGUGAAGGACUCGCCUUUCCUCGCGGGGCAGCGCGAGGAGCAGGAGUGUGGUUGGACCGUGCCCGUGGCAGAUGCUGCUUCCCACCCAGCUGGAGGGAGAAGCAGAGGCUGUGCCUGCUGCAGUGCCCCGUGUCCCUGCUGUGUCCAUACCUAUGCAUUUCAAAUGGAUAACCCAGCCCUGGGAUAGGACCAGGCAGUGGAGUGGGAAUGGGCAGUGCUGGGGGGCGAGCAGAGCCCGGUGCUGGUUGCUCCCAGGGGGAGUGGGACACGUUUUGCAUGCAUCUGGGUGUGUUUGGAGUAGUUGUGAGUGUAGGAGAUGCUCUUUUCCGUCUUGGAGUGAGGUCUAAGGGCAGGUUAGAUGUCCUUUUGUUUUAAGGUGCACUGAGUCUUUGCUCAGCCUCCCCUCCCAAGUCCUGCUGGCCCUUCUCUUACGGAAGCAGAAUGAAUUCUCAGCCAAGUGAGGAAUGGGGAGCGGUGCCAUUCCCCCAGCCCAGGUGCUCAGUGUGUGUGGGGUACCCAAACCAGCUCAGAGGUACCCCUGGAGUCACUUUGCUUUGCUGCAGACCCCACUCCCUUGCUAGAAGUUGGGUGCUUGCUCAUUUUCCGUGCAAAUGCUGGCUCACAUGGAGACCUCUUCCCCAGCCACCCACAGAGCAGGGUGGCUACUGGCUGGGCCACCAGCAGAGGGGAUGGCACGCCUUGUGGUAACUCCCCAAGCUCUGUGGAAGGCAGGGAUGUGAGUGGAGGCUGUUCAGGGCAGGCCUGGGUUUGGUGAAUGUGCUGCCUGCUGUGCUUGGGAGGGGUCACAGGGGGAUUUAUUUGCCUUUCUCCUCACUCCUUGCUGCCUGGAUGGCUGGCAUCAGCUGGUCCAUGGGGCAGCAGGGUGCUGUGGGGUGCAGCUGGCAGGUCCCAGGAUCUCACCCUGGAAUUGCAGCAGAGGCAUAAACCAUGUCUGUGCUGCUGCUGCUGCUCUGGGUGCUCCAUCGCUGCUGGGCAGGUGGUUACAGCUUCUGCUGCUUUCUCUGCUGUGUCCUCCCUGGCACGAGCCCUGCCUUCUUCAUGCUGCAGGGGGAUUGUGCUGCCCUGGGGAUGCAGGUCAUUCCUGGGCCAUUCCUGCUGGGAAGGUCCCACGUGCUAUCCCGCUGGCAGGACAGCCCGGUGAGGAGUGCUGGGUGACACUUCCGUGCACAGGGGCUCCUGAGGCAUCUUAGACCAAAAAUCCCUGU